UAUUUUUUAUCACACGAAGCUGUCUCAUCUUUCAAUAGCGUCUACGCUUACGCAGCAUAAAAAUGGUCACCAAAUUAAAAUGAAAGUGUUACCAAUACAUUGUACGGUCUUUGGACAAUGGGAAAUCGAUCAAUUGAGGCGCAUGACAUUGUAUAACGGCACUCAUUGAGUAAUAAACUGCAAUUGAGAUGUAGUAUAAAAACUCCGAGUUGCCUCAAUUAUGACAUCAGUUAGCUGACAAUUUGUGGAGGCAGACACACGGAAGGAAGAUCCCCAAACGAUUUGAGAUGGCAGCUAAGUUCUUUACCCUGCUGUCGCUGGCCCUGUUUGCCGCUGGCCAAGCGGAAUACAACUACAACGAGAAGUCGGCCACGGCGGUCAACUCCCUGGAGCGCAGUGCUUCCAGUUCGGGUGAGGACUUCCUGAGCGACUACCACACGCCCAGCAACAAUGCCCUGAACUCGGAGGCGACUCCCGAUGGCUACGACUACGUGGCGCCCGCCAGGAAUCAGUUUGCAGCCGGCAGCCGAACGGCCAGUGCCCAGGCCUCAAAUCUGCUCCAAAACGCAGCCAGUGCCGCCAAUGCAGAGUCCAUCCUGUUGCCCUCCCCGCUGCCCGUCCUCCGCCAGGAGCAGAACUCGGAGGUGGUUGCAUCUGUGCCCCAGGAUUCGGUGGUAGUCCAAUCGGUUCGUCAACACCAGGAGCCGGAGGUCUUCCCGCCCGCCAGCUACAGCUUCAACUAUGCCGUGAACGACGAGAGCACUGGCGACAUCAAGGAGCACAGCGAGACCCGCGAUGGUUAUGUGGUCAGGGGCUUCUACAGCCUCAUCGAUCCCGAUGGCUACAAGCGCACCGUGACCUACACCGCGGAUGAUGUCCAUGGCUUCAAUGCGGUGGUCAACCGAGUGCCCUAUGCCCUCAAGGCGGUGGUGGUUCCAGUGGCCCAGGUGCAGGCGCAGCAGCCCACUCCGUUCGUGGCUCGCGAUGAGCGCUCCAAGUCCGAGGGAUCAGCUUUCUUGGAGGCUGAGCUAAGAUCAGGAUCUGGUUCGGGCUCCAGGUCCACCUCCUCCUCCUCCUCUGGCUCCGUUUCCGGAUCCGGAGUGAGCAACACCUUCGCGGAGGAUAGCUACGCCAAUGCACCACGAGGACUCGACGCCUCUGGCGGUCCCUACGCCUGAGUCCUGCUCCUCUGCUACGCACUCCUUGUAUAUUCCUUCAUUGUGCUUCAUCUACUACUAGUUUGUUAA